AGGGCCGGGUGGAUGGUCUCGCAUCAGACGUAUAAAUAGGAGGCAGUGGCCGGGCAGUAUGAUCCGCUUAGAGGCGACGGCGUCAUGAGUGCAGACUUUGAGCGCUUCGACUGUAAGGGCCAAGCUCCCGCAGACGUCGGAUUCAAGGAUGUGUACAACGACUGCCCGUCCGAACGGUCCCUGCAAGCGAAGAUGCUGUUUUGGCACGCCCAACCGGAGCAUUACCACCCUCACCACCAUCACCAGUACGCGCCCGCACCCAACAGCUACCUGCGCGAUGUGCUGGCGCUGCCCAUCUUCAAGCAGGAGGACUCGCAUCUGCCUAGCGAGCCAGAGUCGAAGCUGCCACCAUUCCAGUAUGUCAUGUGCACCGCCACGUCGCCCGCUAUCAAGCUUCACGAUGAGACUCUCACCUACCUGAACCAAGGACAACCGUACGAAAUCCGCAUGUUGGACACUAGAAAGGUCGGAGAACUGCUAGAGGUCAGCGGAAAGUACGUCAAGAGCAUCGUACGCGUUGUGUUCCACGACCGGCGGCUGCAGUACACGGAGCACCAACAGCUGGAGGGAUGGCGAUGGAACCGCCCGGGAGACCGCAUCCUUGACAUCGACAUUCCACUGUCGGUGGGGAUCGUGGAUCCCCGGGCGAACCCCACGCACCUGAACACGGUGGAGUUCCUGUGGGACCCGACCAAGCGUUCCUCCGUCUUCAUCCAGGUGCACUGCAUCAGCACGGAGUUCACACCUCGCAAGCAUGGGGGAGAGAAGGGCGUCCCGUUCCGCGUGCAGAUCGACACCUUCAAGCAGAACGAGGGCGGGGAAUACACGGAGCACCUACACUCGGCCAGCUGCCAGGUCAAGGUGUUUAAGCCCAAGGGCGCUGACCGCAAGCAGAAAACGGACCGCGACAAGAUGGAAAAGAGAACGGUGCUGGAAAAAGAGAAAUACCAACCAUCAUACGAGACCACCAUCCUGACCGAGUGUUCUCCGUGGCCUGACAAUUCUUACUUGAGCAAGAGCCCCUCGCCCACACCAGGGUUGGGGUCCACCACCCAGCCUAACUUCACCAUGUCGGAGACGUCUGGAAAUUGUUCAUCAUCACCCACACAUCCGAGUGAAAACCUUCCAGCCCCCACUGGAGAGCAGCUGCCCCCGGGGGCUUCGAUCCAAGAGACCCAGCAGUGGCUGCACAGGAACCGCUUCUCUCAGUUCUCAAGACUCUUCAACAACUUUGCAGGCACUGACCUUCUGAAGCUGUCACGAGACGACCUCAUCCAGAUCUGCGGCCCAGCAGAUGGCAUUCGCCUGCACAACGCGCUCAAAGCCAAAUCUGUACGGCCACGGCUGACCAUCUACCUCUGCCAAGAGCCGCAGCAAGUGUACCAUGCCAUAUACCUGGAGGAUAUGAACACACUGGAGCUGACGGAAAAGAUCGCUACACUGUUCAGCAUCCUGCCCCAACAGAUCAGCAGUGUGUACCGGCAGGGCCCCACCGGGAUCCACGUCCUGCUGUGCGACCAGAUGAUCCAGAACUUCCAAGAUGAGGCCUGCUUUGUCAUCAACAUGGCAAAAGAUGAAAGUGGUGACUGCUAUCACGUGAUCCUCAAGUGAAUCGUAUUGAGAAGCUUGUCGUGACCACGGCCGAUGCUUCUGUGGACCCUGACCAGGGAUGAUUACAACCUCCUUGUACAGAAUGAAAGAAUGCCUCGUGGGCGAAAAGAAAAAAAACAAAGAUAUUUAAUGAGCGCUGAUGAAAGGCAGCUGAUGGGAAGGGAUUCAUCAUUGUUAUCUCCGUGCUCUUGACGACACAACUAUGGCGUGGAAGCAAAAGGAAGUAGCAACAGAGGCUGCCUCUGACAUUCCAACGGGUUCUGACACUGCAUUGUAUAAACACAUUUUGAGGUUUUUCCACUACAGCAGAUCCUUCAGAUUGUACUUGUUGCUGUAUUUGGUGUACAUACUGCCAUGUAGUGCUUCUCUAACACUGUCUCAGGUUUUAUACGCUCUGAAGUGAAGUUUCUAUGGUGACAAAUAGACUGUCUUACUGCCAAAAAGAAAUUUCUCUGAACUGUACAUUUUUGUGUAAUUUGCUUAUUUUUGAAGAGGCAAACUUUCAACUGACUAAAUAUCAAGUAAACAUUUAUACAAAGUACAUAUUAUGAACAAGAUAAACAUUUGCACUGUUAUUUGUAAGUGUAUAGUUUAAUAGGGGAGGGGGGGGGGACUCACACAAAUUGGGAUGUGGCAUAGGCCUAGUUUGGUACUCGACACUCGGAUGAGCUGAAUUGGUAAAUUCCCACAAUGCACAGUGGUUUGCCUUAAGUGACAGCCAUGACCUAAAGUGAACUUGGGAGCAGAGUGCAUUUCAUUCAUUCAGACUCUAAUGCCAUAAUUCACGUUCAAUCGCUUAACGUAGAAUUUCACAACUCGCGUCAACUCUUUCGGUUGUAAUUCCCCCUCUUCUUUUAACUCAGGUUUAACGAUAAGGAGCAAUUAUCAACAGGCGCCACUGAACUUUUAGCGGAAAAUCUGUAUUAUUUGCAUAGAAAAUACUCCAUCACAGUGCAGGUGAUGUACAGAUGAACAGAUUGAUACAUGUCCUCCCAAAGUUGUGUACUUUUGUAAAAAGUAAAGGGGGAAGAUGGUAGGCGACUUGUGGGGAUGCUUGCUGUCAGCGGUGGCGUCGUGGGAUAAGAUCGAGGUCAAUCGGCAGUGACCCAGUGAAACAUUGCUUUUCUAGCUUGAACGUCUGCAGGUGUAUUUCGAGUCAAUACAAUUUUUUUUUCCUGGGCUUCAGUUUUACUUGCACACGUGAUGCCCUUUUGAUAAUGCAGCUUGCAGGCUCGUUUGUGAAAACAUUGUUUUUAAAUGUACAAAAAACGUCUCGGUUUAAAACAUUCUAAAUCGUUGAGCAAUUAACCCUGGUCUAAUUGACGCGUAAUACAUAUUGUCAUCUGAUUUUUAAUUGUGUAAACACUGAAGCAGCGUUGGUUAAGCGGUGCUGCCAUCGACUGGCUUUGUGAGGACUGUUUUAUUGGCAAUGAGAAGUAAAUGGAACUGCUGCAAGACCAACCGCGUUGGGCAAGUGUACCAUAGAUUCAUACCGUCUGGCCUCGACUUCAACUCGUGUGUUUGUUUUGUAUACAGAUGAUGGCAUUGUUGACGCGUGCUGCUUGUGGUCGCGUUUCACUCUGGCGUGAGCAGAGGUGGGGUAGGGGGGGGAUGAGUCGCCGCCUGUAUUUCUUGAUUUUCCAGUUGCAUUUUACCUGGGUACACGGCAGCGCAGCAGAGCUUCGCAGUGAGAGUGAUUCACGAAUGACGGCGUCGGCCCUGGAAGAUUGGCGCCUCAUCCUGCCAGAGCAUCUUUCCUCGUUUGGCUAAAGAUGAACUUUGGUCGAAUUACAUUGUAAUUAUUAUUUUGCGUUACAUAAAACACACCGCACGUUGGUGUUUUUACGUAACCAAACGUACAACGCGGGUUUGUGUGUUGACUGCGAUCUCAAAUAACUAUAUCCAUGUACCAAAGUGAAUGCCUGUAUGUGCCUUGAUCUGUGUUCCAGUGUCACUGUAGUGUGCAGAGAGUAAAUCCGACAACACGCGAUGCUUCUUGUAGGUCGCUUGUUUCCCGUACGCUCGUUUGUGUUUGUAUGCGCCGUUGGGUUUCAUGUUUCUGGCCGACUGGUACCCCACCGCCUCGUUACUUUGUGAAGACAAUAGGUCCCACGCGAGGGAGUCGUCUUGCUGGGAACGCCGCGAUCCCCUUGUCCCGUUGAGUUUGUGAUGAAACGCGAGAAGCGAAGUGGGUGGGAGCGCUCAGGAAUAAAACCGCCCGUUCCUGAUCACAGCAAUAAAACACACACCCUCCAAAUGUCA